AUAUAUUCCCGUGUGAUGUCAGGCGUGGGCGGUUCGCCUCUUGACCUCGUACCACGACGAUCUCUAGCCCCCGCUCAUUCUAUCGCCCAUUCUUCUAGCCCGCCAUGUCUGCCCAGCCGUCGUCUUCUGGCCCACUCGCCCUUUCUUCGCCUUUCCUUGUCUCUGACGACCUUGCCUGCCCGCCGCCCGUCAAGAUCAAGCAAGGUCCCUUCAUGUCUGCACAGGACGCCCUCGAUGAUUCUCCCCUCCUCUCUCUACGCGAGCCUCUGCCUGUCUCGGACGAUAUCGCACCCGAUGCUGCAAUCCAGAUCAUCCGCAAUCUCGAGCAAGACAUCGACGAACUCGUGACCUCCUACAACGGUAUCACCUUCGAACUUGAAGCUACGCGCAACGCCCUCGAGACUGAACGUGCCGACCGCGAGGCGACCGACUCUGGAUUGGAGUUCCCGUCUAGCGCGACCGUCUCCAACUUGACAUAUGAACGUCAGCUCCGUGACGACCUUUUGGAAUCGAUGAAGCAGCUACGUGCGCAGAAUAACAUGCUCGCCGACGAUCUUGCUCUCCAGAACGACAAGUGCGUCGCGCUAGAGCGAGAGCUCGCCGCCGAAAGGGCCGAUCGCCAACGUCUCGCCGUUCAGCUUCAGCAUACUUCGGACAAGAAUCGCCACUCGGACGGUUCUCUCUAUGCGCUCUCGAUACAGAACACGCUACACUUGCGCGACGCCGUGGCUAUCACUCUCCAGCGUCACAAUCUGCUGGAAGCUCAGCAUGUCGCGACUCUCAACCAACUCGCUGCGACGCGUGUUGCUCUGGCCGAGGCAGAGCAGCAGGUGUCGACCCUGCAGAGGAAUAUGACGACUUGCGUAGACGCGUCCUCGACCGCGCUUGCCGUUGAGCGCAAUCUCAGGCUCGAAAUGGAAGCUCGCGCGGAUCGGGCCAAGAAGGAGAAUGAGGAGCUUCGCGUACGCGAACGUCUCAUGGCGGAAGAGGUUCACGAACUCAGGUUCUCCUCACCCGCUCGCGCUGCUCCGCAGUCUACUCCGCCCGCUGCUGAGAACCAUCCUGACCGACGAUUGAGGCAACUGGUGCUCCGGAGACUGAGCACGCAGAUGCAGCCUGACUAUGCCGACGCGUCCUUCGGUAGUCCUAUGUUCGAUCACGGCACGCCGUCAUCCUGCAACACGACCAUGGCCGUCGCUACGCCGUCUCCGACGACGCAGAGGCAUAGCGUGUCGGUCUACCGGGACUCGCCCAUGUUGUCGGACGCCGUCUUCAAGCCACACUCCGUCAUGAAGAACAUCAUGAACGUUGAACGCAAGGGCCAGGGUCAGAAGAAGCGGUGGAGUACGCAGGGGAAGGAGAACAGAGAUCCGUCGAAGAUGGUUGCUUAAAGGGUGGACUGGGCUAUCGAGGAAUCACGGAGGAAGAAGAGAAGACGAGUAACUAGAUGACACCAACGGUUCCGGCACCAUACACAGUCCUAUUCACGAACGCACAAAGCGCAAUGUUUGCCUACAUUCAGACCUUGCUCUCACUCAGUCCCAGUCAGCGUCGGUGCGGAGUGGAGUCGCAGUGAUCGUGAGUUCAAGGCGGUCGACGAUGUCUUGAUGAAGCAGAAGGGAGCAGACUUUCGGGGUCAUGAACGCGGCGAAUGCAGCGCGCAUCCAUUGUUAAAUAGAUAAAUAGUGACAUGAGGUGAUCAUGGCGUUCAUCGUUGAUUCCACCAAACGAAUGAGCG